UUUUUGGAAUAAAGCCAUUAAACGGGUAUUUAGACCAAUUUUUUAAAAACAGUGUUUUAUCGUGAAUUACACGUUUCUGUUUUUUUUUGUUUUUUUUUUUUAAUUUACCUCCAGCACAGACCUAUGCCAUAAGAAACUCCCCCCGGAAGCUGGCUCAGUGAUUGUAAACACACGCUUGUGAUGCUCAAGUAUGCCAAAGCUCUUCGAUAUAAAGUUCCCGGGAGGAUGUAAGACUCUACCGGAUGGCUUCUGGUCAGCCAUAGACGUGUGGAUAAAGAAAGCUCAUGUUGUAAACAAGCGUCUCUGCGGAGUUAAAGAGUCCGACAGCAAAGAUGUGGACCCAGAGGACCUCCGGUUGCUGCUGGAUGAUCCUGAGCUCUUCCCAGAUGUGCUGCUCUUCCUGAGCAGCAGGGCUUCAUCUGCACACGGACACAGACCGGAUAAACCGUGGUCCUACAGCGUCAGGACAUUUAUUCCCAAAGUAAACUGCUACGGGCAAAACCUGCAUAAAGAAGUUAUUCUGAAAGACUUUGGUAGACAACGAGUGACCUUUAUUCCAUUUGAAGAGGAUACAGAGGGAAAAGUGUCUCUGAAGAAGUGCAACAUUUAUCAAAUUGCGCUCUGCAAUCAGGACUGUGAGGAAUGGGCGUUGGAGUUGCAUGUGCUGUCGGUUGAUUCCUGGUUCUCUGAUGGCAUCGCCUACCCCAAGCUGCCCUGGCUCUCCUCUGAUCUGCUGCCUAAGCUGGUGCGCUGGGCCACCGAGUGCAAGAGUAGCGAGUUCAAGAGCACAUUGUCUCUGCUGCCGGUGGAGAAGUACAGCCUCAUGUACCAGAAGCUGAAGGAAAAGUACAAGGCUAUGGUGAAGGUUUGGCCUGAGGUGACAGAUCCUGAAAAGUUUGUCUAUGAGGAUGUUGCUAUUGCUACAUAUCUCCUGGUGCUGUGGGCCGAGGAGAGAGCAGAGAAAAGUCUGACUGCCCGGCAGUCCUUUGUGGACCUCGGCUGUGGAAAUGGCCUCCUGGUUCACAUUCUGACAAAUGAAGGGCACCCUGGAAGGGGCAUCGAUGUUCGCAGGAGAAAGAUCUGGGACAUGUACGGCCCCCAGACUCUGCUAGAGGAAAAAGCAAUUACUCCCAGCGAGAGCUUCUUAUUCCCGGGUACAGACUGGCUGAUUGGGAACCAUUCGGACGAGCUCACACCGUGGAUCCCCGUUAUAGCAGCCAGGUCAUCGUAUUCCUGCUGCUACUUUGUCCUCCCCUGCUGUUUCUUCGACUUCUAUGGAAAAUACCAGAGACGUCAGUGUAAGAAGUCUCAGUAUAAGGAAUACAUCGACUUCAUCGCUGAGGUCAGCCAAGUCUGUGGUUUCAGCACUGAAGAAGACUGUUUAAGAAUACCUUCGACCAAACGGGUGUGUCUGGUAGGCAAGUCGAGAAACUAUCAGCUAUCUGACGAGCUCAACUUAGAGCAACAAAGGGCUCAUUACAUCCACAGCCGCCGCGCUGCUCCUGGGGUCAUAGUUCAAAGGUCAGACAUCAGUAAUGAUGAGGACUGUUGCAAUGGGAACGGAAGCUGUAACAGCACCCCCGGGAGCUCUUGGGGAGCCGGAUUCCUGCCCCGAGAUCGGGUCGAAACAGUUCGAAAUUGCGCUGCCCUCCCGCGGGACUUCGUUGAUGGCGUUGUCCUGCAGGUUGCUAAUGUUCUUCUGGGAAUGACUGCGGCUGAUGGCGAAGGAUCCCGCAGGGGCUGGAACCAAGGAGGCAGCCUUUCUGUGAGUGAGGUUGCUGGGCUGUUGGGGCAGGAAACCCUGCAGCUCCUGAAGAAAGAGUGUGGAGGCCUUCAGACACUUCUAAGGAACAAUCAUCAAGUCUUCAGAGUGGAAGGAGGGCGAGUCUACAUAAGAGACUGGCGGGAGAGGAAGCCCCUCAGGGCGGAUGCCAAAAGGAAGCCCGUUACCCCCGGUGCCCUGAAAACUCGCCUCUGCUGGUUUCACGCUCACCACCCUCAGGGCUGCCCCCUGCAGCCUGAAAACUGUGCCUUCGCCCACGGAUCAGACGAUCUCCGACCGUCGACCAGACCGCUGAAGAAGAUAAAGAAUGAUGCCUUUUGACUCAAUCAUUCUUCACGGUAGCUCCAUAUUAUCUGGUUGCUUUUUAAACUGUUUUCCAGUUAAAAGACUGAGCUCUGUACAUCACCAUUUAAACCUGCUCAGAAAAGUCUCGUUUCCAGCCCUGCAGCUGCAAAGAUGAGGUUCAGGCCCAAGCAGUGAGUUUUAUUGAGGCACCGUUACAUCAUUUCUGGGAAUUGAGGCUUUGAAAUUUCACUGUCCUCUUUCUUCUUUGUAAGGCUGCCAAAAUGUGAUGCUUCCUGGUGGAGCUUCACUGUCAGAGCUCUCUAAACCUCUGGGUUAUGUUAUCUAAUGAAAUUUAUUUUCAAAGGGUUGUUUCUGCUGUUUCUUUAUUUGGUGGACUUUUGUAAAGUUCAGAUAUUCUUACUGACUAUAUAAAGCUGAUUUCUAGCGA